AAGCGGCUCGCGUUUGUCAGACAGAUUUCGCCUUUAAAGGCGCAUUAAAACAGCGGCUGAAGUGCAGAACCCGAGCAAAGCAGCAAGAGCAGCAGCACAACAUCACCACAAACAACAACAACAACAUCUCUGACAGAGAGAAAUAAACACAGAAACGCGCGCGCCAGGGUUCUCAGCCAGCUGUGUGUCCGGACGGAAGAAACAACGCUGCUCUCGUAUGUGGUCCGACUAGAUAUUUAUGAAGCUUUCAAGGCCUUUUGAUUGAUCUGUUGCUCCAUGGGGAUUCUCCGGUGCUUUCCGUCUGGUUUCUCCUACCCUUCACCCCUCAGCCUGCCCUCCACCCUCUACAUCACCUCCUCCAUACAAAUCAUGAAACUGGUAUUAACUGAAUGGCAAUUGAUAUGGAUUUUUACUAUUUCCAGUAGACAGUAAACACACACACACACUUACACAUACACAUACACAAGUACACGCACAUACACCCACACACACACUCAUACACAUCACAUCAGCAGGAGUGACCUCAUGGUAGAGUCACAUCCUUGCCAACUGUCCGAACCAACUCACCCGACACUGCCCGUCCCAGAGCUCCUGCAAGCGGCCUUCAUCAAACAGCACCUUUUGGGAUGUUUUACGCUCCUUGAGAUUUCUUUGACUGAAGGACGUCCACGGGAAGAGGUGUGCUGCUAUUGGUUUGAUUUUUUCCUAGAUUUUUUUUUCUUUUCUUAUUUUGCGUGUAGCCACACGUGACCUCUGCUCCGAGUGCAUGCCGACGACAAUGGCCCCACAGAACGCAGAGGCCAUGCAGAUACAGGCCGCUGUGGUGACACCUGCGGAGAAACGAGAUGGAGGAGGCGGGGCUAAUGGAGAGGGUGGGGCUGGAGGGCGGGAUUUGGAGAGUCAGGAGGAGUCCGUCAGCGAGGGAUCUAUCGACCGCAUCCCGCUGCGUCAGUGGAUCAUGCACGGCGCAGUCAUGUUCGGACGAGAGUUUUGCUACGCCAUGGAGACUGCGCUGGUCACACCUGUACUGCUGCAGAUAGGUCUUCCAGAGCAAUACUACAGCCUGACGUGGUUCCUGAGCCCCAUCCUGGGUCUGAUCUUCACGCCUCUGAUCGGCUCGGCCAGUGACCGCUGUACGCUGCGCUGGGGCCGCAGACGGCCCUUCAUCCUGGCACUGUGUGUGGGCGUCCUGCUGGGCGUCGCGCUCUUCCUCAACGGCUCGCUGAUAGGUCUUGCUUUGGGAGACGUGCCAAAUAACCAGCCCAUAGGAAUCGUGAUGACGGUUUUGGGGGUGGUGGUGCUGGAUUUCUGUGCGGAUGCGACGGAGGGUCCCAUACGAGCGUAUCUGCUGGACGUGGCCGACACUGAGGAACAGGACAUGGCCCUCAACAUCCACGCCUUCUCUGCAGGGUUCGGAGGGGCGGUCGGUUACGCCCUUGGUGGUCUUGACUGGACACACACCUUCUUGGGUCGAACCUUCAAAUCUCAAGAGCAAAUUCUGUUCUUAUUUGCCGCGGUACUGUUCACAAUUUCCGUGGCUCUGCACCUCUUCAGUAUUGAAGAGCAACAGUUCAGCCCUCAACAGGACCGUCUGGAUGAAGAGGCAGAAACCGAAUCCAGUGUUAAAAUCCCACCGCACCAUCCCCAGCUCGAAAAUAUCCAUGAAGACGAACCCUAUGUGCAUUACGACCUCUACGGGGACCGGCGAUCAGAGCGAGAGCUGGACAUGGAUUUCUUAGACGUGGACAUCGUUCGAAGUAAAAGCGACUCCGUUUUGGAAAUGGCUGAUGCUACGCUGGACCACCACGACAUGCUGUUUCUGCGUGAAAUCGAGCCGUCUAUCUUCCAAGAUCGCAUUUCUUCGUAUCAUGGGUCACUGCCACGGCGCAGCAGCAGUGCGGAGAGUCAGGAGUUCCUGCGUGGAAAAUUCAGCCGACUGUCUGCAUUUCUGCAGCAGGCCGAAUGUGACGGAGAAGAAGCUCUGCUCAACGGUCAGCUCAACCAAUCCAAAGCAGCCAACGGACAUACGACGGACCUCAACGGCCAUGGGCCUCCCGGAAACAAACCCUCCAGCACCACCGCAUCAAUGCGCCGCAGACGCCACACCUUCUACCGACAGUCAUCCUGCACAUUUUACUACUACGGCCGGGUCGGAUCCCACCGCUACCGCUACCGGCGUGCCAACGCGGCGUUCCUCAUCAAACCGUCACGCAGCAUGAACGACAUCUACGAGAUGGAGAAGCGGCAGAAGCAGAGGAACGGACAGAGAACGAGGCACCAAAGCGGGAACACCAACUGCAGCGGGGACACGGAGAGCGAGGAGGGCGAGGCCGAGACCACCGUCCGUCUGCUCUGGAUGUCCAUGCUGAAGAUGCCCAAAGAGCUGUUCAGACUGUGUGUAUGUCAUCUGGUCACAUGGUUCUCCAUCAUCGCAGAGGCCGUGUUUUACACCGACUUCAUGGGACAGGUCAUCUACGAGGGCGACCCUAAGGCCCCGCUGAACUCCACCGCCCUUCAAAACUACCACAGAGGGGUUCAGAUGGGCUGCUGGGGGCUGGUGAUUUACGCCACCACCGCCGCCAUCUGUUCAGCUAUACUGCAGAAGUAUCUGGAUAACUUUGACCUCAGGAUAAAGGUCAUCUACAUCCUGGGCACUCUGGGCUUCGCAAUCGGUACGGCUGUCAUGGCGAUCUUCCCCAACGUCUACGUCUCCAUGGUGAUGAUCAGCAGCAUGGGCAUCAUCUCGAUGAGCAUCUCGUACUGUCCAUACGCUCUGCUGGGCCAGUAUCACGAUAAUAAAGAGUACGUCCAGCACAGCCCUGGCAACUCCAAGCGAGGUUUCGGCAUCGACUGCGCCAUCCUGUCGUGUCAGGUGUACAUCUCUCAGAUCCUGGUGGCGUCUGCGCUGGGUGCCGUGGUGGACGCAGUGGGCAGCGUGCGGGUCAUUCCCAUGGUGGCCUCCGGCGGCUCCUUCCUGGGCUUCCUGGCCGCCUGCUUCCUGGUCAUCUACCCGGGGUCCAGCGGAGAGGCAGACGGGGCAAAGACGUCCCCCAAUAACAACAGCGUGACUGAGAAGCCCAGCUUCCUCAAGCUCACACGCAAAGGGGCCGCCACAACCACCUGCAAAGUGGAGUGUGAAUCCACGCUGUAAAUGCGAUCAUCUAACAUUCCCAGCGCGUUUCUACACACAUUUCACCAACCGGGUGGAUGGAAAGACACUGUUUUCUUUUUCUUUUUUCCGUGUUUGGCCUGGUGUUGUGUGUCUCAGGGCUGCAUCUCAGGGCCACCAGGGGGCGACUCUGGGCUGAACUCUUCAGGGGAGAGCUCUCUCGCUCUCAAACACAUGCACUUCCCUUGCACACUUCCAUUCAAAUCUAAUGUAAAGAAUCUUUAAUAUACGUUCAUGGCUCAUAACUUUAUCUUUGCCUAUUUUUUUAAACCAAGGACAUUAUGAUUACCAAAAGUUGCCCUGUGCAAUAAUAACAGCUGUUUCAUUAUGAUGGCUUUAUUUUAGUCGUGUCAUGCGGGUGAAAGGGUGAAUCUCACAAAUAAAUUUUAUCUCUCACAGAACAUAAAAUAAAUUAGCAGAAAAUGAUGGAUAUUUUGGGGACAUUUUCAAUUUUGACAUUAUUUUCAUGACAAUCCAUUGCCGACAAAUUAUUAUUUUUUUUUUAACAUUUAAAUAAAAAAAAUUAUCGGCUAAAAAUUUAAAUUGCAAUUCCUAUAAAUAAAGUCUGUAAUCAUAAAAGAUAGGAAAUUAAUUGUCACAGGCUCUAGGAAUUUUUUCAUUUAAAUUUGCAUAAAUUAAAAGCAGUAUAACAAAUACCAUAUAUAUACUACCAUAUAUUCACAUUGUACUUCACAAACUUUAUAAAAUAUAAUAUUAUGUAGAUAUAUUUUAACAUGUAUAUAUUAAAAACAUUAUAUAUUUUAUUGCAUUACAGUUGGGAAUAAAUGUUUAAUUGUCACGAAAAUAAUGACAAUUAUUGUCAUUAAAUGGUUCCUUUUUCUUCAUGAAAAAUAUAGUUUCUUAUGUCAUU